AACGGAAGUUGGAUCACUUCUCUUCCGAUCUCCCUCGACGUCUCAUCCACUCACUUUAAGUUUCAAGAUUUGUCGUCAUAUCAAACUAUACAAAUUCUAUCUCCAUACAACCCAAAUGCCAAAUUUCCGUUUUACCAUUCUUAAUCUCCACUCCAAGACAAACUCCACCGCUUCAAAUUAUAAAAAUACCCAGAAUCUCUCCUUCAGAUUCUUUUUUGUUUUCUUCCCACUUUUUCCAUUUUUUCACCACAUUUUUCACUCCUCGCCGACCUCGUAUUUUCUUGACAAGACUUUCACGCUAAGGCACCAAAGCCAACACUAUAAAUACCUCUGUUUUUCCGUUUUUUUUUUCAUUACACUGAGUUAACGGUCUAGCUUUAUAACAUUCAUGAACCUAAGUUAGUCCUUCAAUUUCUCCAAUUCUCUCGUUUGUUUCUUUCAAACAAUUUUAUGCCAAUUUCAUCAGGAUCAUCGUCGUCAUCCAAGAAAAGAAUUGACAAUAAUGCUGAAGCUUUUAUUUCCUUCUUUGAAACUUGGCUUGUACGUCAAGAACACUAUCUCGACGAACUUAUUUCCGUUGAAAAACACUGCCAUGAGUCUAAAGAAGAUGAUUUAAAAGAGCUGAUUUCGAGAAUCCUUGCUCAUUACGAAGAAUAUUACAAAGAAAAAUCAAGAAUCGCUCAGCAUAAUAUUUUUCUUGUUUUUUCGCCACCUUGCUUCUCUUCGUUCGAACAUACUUUUCUCUGGGCAGCCGGGUUCAAACCGGGCCUUGCGUUUCGCGUACUCAACGGCUCAGUUCAUGAUUUGUCCGAAGAGCAGGUUUCGAGAAUUAACAUGUUGAAGCAAGAAACUAAGGUGAGUGAGAGAGUGUUGAACGAUGAGCUGGCGAAACUUCAAGAAAGCGUGGCGUCUCCGCCGCUGGUUGAUGCAGUGAGACGGCGGGGGAGGGUGGUUUUGGGGGAGGAAAGAGCGACGGGGAGUGAUAAAUCGGCGGUGGAUAGGCUGGGAGCGGAGAUGGAGGCGGUGGUGGCGAGAGGUGACUUGUUGAGGACUAAUACGGUGAUGAAAGUAGUGGAGAUACUGACGCCGGUUCAGAAUGUGAAGUUUUUGUUAGCUGUUGCUCAGCUUCAGUUAAAGACUAGAAAAAUGGGUUCGCAAUUUGCUGAUGCGGGGAAAAUUAAAAAUGGUUAAGCUAAUUUCUUUUUGUUUGUGGUUAAUUGUUGGUAGUUUUUUCAGUUUAUUUAGGUAAAGUUGAUUAGUAGAUUUUUCUUUUUCUAGAGGAAAAUCACACUUAUAUUUUGCUUGUUUUUUAAUGUUUGCAGAAUAUGUAGUUUGAAAAAAGGAGUUUGAAUUAUUUAUAUAGCAGCAACAGCUUUUUUAAAAGACAUACGAGCAAAGGAUCAAAUUUAGGGGCAAAAUAACUCG